AUGAAACGCAAGAACACAUUGCUCAGCGCAGGGCUGGCUCUCCUUCUCAUCACCUCAUCCCUCCCGUCCUCCGUACACACUGCACCCACAUCUCCAGAAACAUCUACCACUAACAGUAACAAUAACGAUGCCAAAGUAACAGUCCUGGCAGAACCAGGAACAGAUCUAACACCAUCCGCCACCAGUCACUACGACAUCAAAACCAGCAAAAAGGACCCGAUCGCUACUAUCAACAGCCUCCUCUCCUCCAAAAACAUUAUCCGAUCCAUUGGGUUCCGCAGCUGCGCCAGUUUAGGAUCAAAUGCGGAUACAGGAGAGAACGACCAACAACAGAUCAAGCUGUCGAACCUUGCAUUAUUAUACGAUGAACAGACGAAUACUAUCUCGCUCAAUGCUGAAGGGUCGACUGACCGCGAACUUGAUAUCACCUCAGCGCACAUCCUUCUUACUGCCUAUGAUCGCGUCCUGUACGACCAUGCUAUCGAUCUUACCAAAGUGGCACCCUUCAUCCCAAGGUUCGAGGGAACGUUCUCAUUCCAAGAAACAUUCCCAGCCCCAUCCAUCCUCCCAACCCAACUACCCGAACAACUCUUCUCCUUCCCCGCAGUCGAAGCCCUGGCUUUAAUCCAACUCUACGACACCCACGGCAACCCCAUCCUCUGCACUUCCGUGCCCCUCACAAACACCGUCAGUGCCCAGUCCCCCGUCAUCACCAUUGCCUCUGUCUCCCUCACCGCUGCUUCGGUUGCUCUUGCAGCUGUUACAGGAUUGUUGGCGUUUUUGUCGUCGGCUGCAGUGCUUACUACUAUGCCGCUGGCGGCGACUGGUGGAACAGGCGGGACGGGGACUGUGGGCACUGCGGGAGGGUUGUCGCCCUCGGUCGCGGAUGUGGUAUCGUUCUGUCAGUUUAUUGCCAUGUCUGGGUCGUUAACGUUGGAGUACCCGGAGUUGUUGCAGCAGUGGACGCAUAAUUUUGGGUGGAGCAUGGGACUUGUUCAGGUGGAUGGGUGGAAUGAUGCGAUCAAUAGUUUGAGGACUCGGACUUCUCGAACUCAAGCUGCUGUUGAUUCCGGGGCUGAAGCGAACAAGACAAGCGCAGAAAAUAUGUUGUUCAAAGGACAAGUCGGCACCAAGGACAAAGGGGAUACAAAUGCGACAAUGGCGACCAGUAAAGCUUCUACCACGACGGUCGACCCGAAUGCUUCAACCAAGGUCUUGUCGAUGCAGUCGAUGAUGGAUGGUGCUGUCAAGAAUUUUGUUGAGCAGGCUAUUCAUAACAAGACGCAGAGUCAGGCAAUCUCGAUGGCGAUGGCUAAAGUCGAUCUGUCGCAUAUACUCAACCCUGCGGUAUCCAAGCGUCAAACGCCUCCCGUUCCCCCUCAAGCGGUACCAGCAGCUCCAGUGCUACCUACACCUCCAACAUCUGCUCCAGCGCCUGCUCCAGCGCCUGCACCUGUCAUUGGCGCUGACAUGUUGCCUUCUCUUCAGGACGCGUCUCUUAUGAAUCGACUCGGCGACCACCUCUCUGUCCUGAAUGACUUUGACGCUCCCAACCUUACAACAACGCCAACCCCUGCCUCACCUACUCCUCAGGUGAAACCACCAGUGUUCUGGCCACAAGACGGAUACCACCCCUCAACCAACGCACUGAGCCCACCCGGUCUUGUCUCCUACGGCCAACGCCUCCAAAUCCCCGCCAAGAACAUGUUUAUGACCUCGCUCUUCCUUUUCUUCAUCCUACUCAUCGCAACCUCCAUGCUCGCCCUCCUUCUCAGGAUCGGCCUCGAGGCCUACGCGUACUUCCGUCCAGGCAAAUUCACAAAGCUCCGCCGCCGGUUUACGUCCUACUACCUGGGGGGAAUGCUCCGUGUGGUUCUGCUGGCUUACUUUGCGGUCGCAACGAUGGCGUUCUACCAGCUUACACUCAAGGACUCCUGGGCGAUCACUCUCUCGGCGGUGAUGACGGUGCUCCUGUUUUUGGCGCUGGCGACGUACAUCAUGUUGAGGCUCCGUCGAGCAGGAGGGACGAGUCUGUUCUUUGACGAGCGGAUAAAGUCCAAGUACGGCGCCCUCUAUGACCAAUACGUACUCUCGGCCUACUGGUUCUUUGUCCCAGUCAUCCUCUACCAGAUGUCCAAAGCUGCGAUUGUCGGACUGGGUCAAUACUCAGAAGAGAAUCACGAGCGCCAUUACAAUCAUGGAUCGUCCGAAUCUUGGGCACAAGUCAGUCUGCUGUUGUUGGUAGAGGUUGUCUUUGCGACUCUGAUGAUCUGGAAGCGCCCGUUCUCGGAUCCGACACCUAACCGGCUCAACAGCACCUUGGGCUGCGUCCGUGUCCUGAAUGUCGUCAUGCUCGCGAUCCUGAUCGAAGGGACUGCCCUGUCGACUGUCACCCGAACGGUUGUUGGUUUGGUCAUUACUGGUUCCCAGGCCCUGGUGAUGAUUGUUCUCGCCUGUUUGAUUAGCUACCAGCUUGGCAAGGCACUCUGGCGUUUGUGGGGUGUAAUCAAGGCGAGCAGGGAGGCCAAGAUGAACAAAAAGAAGAUGACCAAGGAUCUGUUGAGUGAUGAGGAGGCCUUUGUGGUUUCGGUCAAGGACGACCCGGGCAAGUACAGCAAGGGCGAUGAUGAUGAUUUCGGAGGAGAGCGACCAGGCAGGAGGGCGAACGAGUUCAUGCGAUCGGGCGAUGAGAGUAUGACGGGUCUGAUUGGCAUGAUGGGCAUUGGAUCUAAUCCGACGAUUCAGUGUACACCUGCUAGCGAUGAUGAGGAUGAUGUUAACGAUGACUUUAGCAGCCGACGACGACGAUCCAUGGACAUGUACCCGCUGCAGGAUCAAUGGAGCGAGAAGGAUAGUGGAAUUGAGAAGGCAGACGAAGAGGAGACUGGAGGAGUUACCAAGGAGCUUCGCGAAUCGAUUCAAAGCUAUGGCAGCCAGUCGUCUCACAUCCUCGACUACUACAAGUCUGUCUAUCUGCCCGCCAACUUGAAGUCUUCUAGUCAGAGUGAUUCAAGAAGCAGCGAGCGAGAUCUUGGCCUUGGAUCAAUCUCUGAAGAUGAAGAUGGCGCCAGCGGUCAAGAAUUCAGUCCUGAUCGGUUGGGACUCUUCGUGUCAGAUGUCGAUCCCAAUGGUCCAUGGGUCCAGUCAGCCUAUAUGACGCGCCGCCGCAGCGAAUCUGCAGUCCGUAAUGGUCAUAUUGACGACAGCACAGAGCUCGAGGACCGAGCCACCAGUGGAUCAGAGACUCUGGUGUACCUGUCUUUUCAUCAGCAGCAACAACGGCGACGACCUGCAUCGAUGGGAGGUGAGCGUCAAGUGGUGGAUGCAAUGAGGAUCAAUGGAUCUUCAGGGUUAUCAGGCCGCGCAACAAUCUCUUGUGGAUCCCGCGCUGGACGUGAAGGUGUGCGGCGAGAUUCACUCCCUGUGUUCAGAAGCACUUUUAUUCCAGAGAGUCUUUUGGCUGGUCCACCUCCUCCUUCGACUCUUCCUCGACGCGCGUCAGUCUCGUCUGCCAUGCUGGCCACACCUCCAUCCAUGUCCCCCGUCCUCGGCUUACUGCGCGAUCAGGUGUCUUCUUCCCUCCCCUCACCUUCUGGUCCUUCCCCGAUCGAAUAUGUGUCAGUUUCUGAGCCUACUACCGCCGCCACCACCACCAUCAUCCCGAUCUCUGGGUCACCAACCUCGGUCGACAGUGGGAUGCAAAUUUUUGCGGAGUACCGAUUCCCCGACGAACGCCAACCACUUUCCUUCGAAAGACCUUCCAGGAAUAUCGUAGCUGUCCAAAGAAACAUCCACCCUCUGUCGCCCUUCCACCCAGACUACCAGCACCCCGAUGAUCUCUACAACGCUCAUAUCCCUUCCCCCAACGAGGCCGGUCCAGCCUUUGGUCCCUUUCAGCGCAGCAACAGUCUCCCUUCUAAUACGACCGCACAUGGAAAUAUCCCGAAUACACCACAGGAUGGCACCAACUCUCGUCGUGAGAGUCGAGCAGUAGCUGCUUGGGAAUCACUUCCAUUUGCCUCGUCCUCUUCACCCGCCAUCGCCGCUUCUGCAUCUCAGCACUCCGGUAGUAGCAGGACAUUGUCACAGGCAGCACACGCAAGACGUGGUGACGCUCCAAGUCUCAAGAUCAUCACCUCGCUGAAAAAAUUCACACCCGCACCGCAGAUUCCACUCCCGAUCCUCCCACCAACACCCUUUACGUCCACCCUUCCUGAUGACUUUAUGACACCCCCCACUACUACCGCUGGCGGUGGCAGUGUGAAGGGCUCCAACGCCAUCGUCAACAACAACCACGACCAUUCCACAAAAGGUUCUGCUCCAUCGUCAUCCUUGUCCACCAAGAUCCAACACCACCAGCUGGAGACUCCAACGUCCAUCAGCUGGAUCGACGGAUCACAGGAUAGUAUGCUCCACACCCUGACCCAACAAGAGUCCAACACCUCCGCCGCUUAUCGACAGAGACGCAACAGUUCGAUGUUAGUCGACGCGGGUCUCAAGCUGGACGAUGACGAAAAUAAGUCGAUGGUGUUUUGA